GCGAGCGCGCCUGCGCAGGGGGUAGUCGGGCUGGAGUCGGCGGCUGCGGUGAUGAGCCGGAUCGGGGCUGCAGUGGCCGGAGGCGUUGCCAGGCGUGGUCGGUCCGCCAGCCCUCCUGAUGGGUUCUGCACCCCCGAGAAGCGGGUCUGCGCCUGGUGGGCCAUGGGCCCGGAAGGGCCCCACCCGCGGCACUGGGGCAUUGAGCAGGUCUGCGACUUCCUCUGCCGCAAUGGCUUUAGCGAGCCCGGCCUGCUGCGCUGUUUCCGAGAAAAUCAAAUCACCGGGGCAGUGCUGCCUUACCUCACUAAAUCUGAACUUAAAGACCUAGGAGUUGGACCCUUGGAAUUGAGACUGAAAUUGCUUGUUUGCCUGCAAAAACUAGAACAAAAUCAUGCUGAUAUAAUGAAGGUUUUUAAUGAUCCUAUUCACGGCCAUAUUGAAAUACAUCCUCUCCUCGUUCGAAUCAUUGACACACCUCAGUUUCAACGCCUGCGAUAUAUAAAACAGCUAGGAGGCACUUACUAUGUUUUCCCAGGAGCAUCGCACAACCGUUUUGAACACUCCUUGGGGGUAGGCUAUCUGGCAGGAUGUCUGGUCCGGGCAUUACACGAAAGACAGCCAGAGUUGGAAAUAAACCAGCGAGAUAUUCUCUGUGUUCAGAUUGCUGGACUUUGUCACGAUUUAGGUCAUGGACCAUUUUCGCACAUGUUUGAUGGAAGAUUUAUUCCACUUGCUCGCCCAGGUCUGAAAUGGAAGCAUGAAACUGCUUCUGUUCAGAUGUUUGAACACCUGAUUACUUCCAAUGGGCUAGAAAAAGUCAUGGAAGAUUAUGGUUUUGUUCUGAAAGAAGAUAUGGACUUCAUCAAAGAACAAAUAGGAGGACCCCUAGAUACAACCCCAUGUCGGGGUUUGUGGCCAUACCGUGGUCGACCAGAAGAGAAAAGCUUCCUUUAUGAGAUAGUGGCUAACAAAAGAAAUGGCAUCGAUGUGGACAAAUGGGAUUACUUUGCCAGGGAUUGCCAUCACUUAGGAAUCCAGAAUAACUUUGAUUAUAAGCGCUUCCUUAAAUUCGCUCGGGUCUGUGAAGUGAAAAACAAGAAGCAUAUCUGUACCCGUGACAAGGAGGUUGGAAAUCUGUAUGACAUGUUCCAUACACGGAAUUGUUUGCACCGCAGAGCUUACCAGCACAAGGUUGGCAACAUCAUUGAAACAAUGAUUACAGAUGCCUUCCUAAAAGCAGAUCCCUAUAUUAAAAUAGAGGGCACUGGUGGAAAACACUACAAGAUUUCUACAGCAAUGGAGGAUAUGGAAGCUUACACUAAGCUAACAGAUAACAUCUUUCUGGAGAUUCUGUACUCUAGUAAUAAAGAGCUGGCUGAGGCACGAGAAAUUUUGCGUAAAAUAGAGCUUCGUGAUCUAUAUAAGUAUUUAGGAGAGACUCGGACUGAACCAGGAAAAGAAAUUACAGAGGAUCAGUAUGACAGGCUGCCAGCUGACAUUGUUGCUUCCAGACCAAAGAAUGCACCUCAGGAUGUUGAAUUGAAUGCUGAAGACUUUAUAGUUGACGUUAUCAAUAUGGACUAUGGAAUGAAAGAACAGAACCCUAUCGAUAAAGUUCGCUUCUAUUGCAAGUCUGACCCGAGCCAGGCAGUCAAGAUUUCGAAAGAACAGGUUUCCAGGCUUCUGCCAGAGACAUUUGCAGAGCAGCUGAUCCGGGUUUAUUGCAAGAAAAAGGAUGAGAAGAGUUUAGAUGCUGCAACAAAGUGUUUUAUUCAGUGGUGUAUGAACAUGGAUUUUACAAAACCUCAGGACGGUGAUGUGGUCGCCCCUGAACUAACUCCAAUGAAAGCAAGCUGGAAUGACCCUGACGAGGAUGAACUGCAAAGUCCAAAUGACCGCAGGGAAGCUUCAAAAUCCAGAACCAGACUCUUUCAAUAACUGAUUUGUAAAUGGAGUUUAUUUGCUAUAUUUAAAGCCUUUCCAGUAACAGUUUUGUGCUGUCCCUUCUAUCCCAUUAAAAGAUACUUGAAAGAGAACAGCACAUUGUAUAAAAUCUGCUUGAAAAGCUUUACAGAACAAGUUUACAAAAGUGCAUUUUUUUAGGUUCCUAUAUGUUUCCUGUAUGUAACAUAGUGAUUUAAAAGCCCUGUGAGCAUUGACAUUCAAAGGGGAAUUUUAUAUGUGAUCAGUGAUUACUUGCAGCAGAGCAAACACUGUUCUAGUUUUUGACUUGAAUGUAUGGGUGCUGUGUAGCAAGAGUUCCUUUAAAAAUGAAGGCUUUUGAAAUACCCCAAACUCCCAUAAAAUUCCAAAAGGAAAUUAGUAUUUUACCGUUGUUGUAGUGUAGCUAGCAUUGCACUUCAGCACAAUUUUGACUUCCCUAAAAUCAGAGAAAUGUGAGCAGCAAGUGCCCAGCUCCCUUUACUGGGGCAAAUGACAUAGAUAAAAGAGAGAAAAAAAUUGGAAAGAUCUGUACUGUGUCCCCUAUUUCAGAUCCCUUUCUUUUAAGAUAAUCGUGAUGUCACAUGUUCUGACAGAGCAAAGCCUAUAGCUCAGGUUUCUUAAGCCUUACUGAAGUGAAAAGGGCAUCAGUGAGGUGUGGCCUUUUUUUUUUUUAAAUGCUGUUUUUUAGAUUGUGUUUUUGUGGCUUAACAAUCACUUUUUCCUGCCAUUUAAAUGUUCUUUCCCCUGGUUCUUUUCAUACAGCACAAAUGGGGUGGGGACCAGAUUUGACUACUGACAAAUGGCUGUCCAAUACAAAGAGCAAACAAACUAGGCAGAUUUUUCUUCCAAUCUUUCACUUGGAGAUCCCUUCCAAACAAAUUAAGUAAAAAAAAAAAAAAAAAAUCUUCGUACAGAAAG